GUCUACCUCGAAACCCUAGUUCGCUGGUGUAUCGUCUCUUCCUCAUUUCCCUUUUGCAGUUGAUCGAUUUGGAGGAGGUACGGUUACCUAUGGCUCCCGCUAAAGGUGAUGUUACGAAGAAAGGUGAUGCAAAGGCUCAGGCGUUGAAGGCCGCCAAAGCUGUGAAGACAGGUUCAACCUUUAAAAAGAAGGCUAAGAAGAUCCGUACCAAGGUCACUUUUCAUCGACCAAGGACAUUGAAGACAGACAGAAACCCAAAGUAUCCUCGUAUCAGUGCCCCACCAAGAAACAAGCUUGACCACUAUCAGAUACUCAAAUACCCAUUGACCACAGAAUCUGCAAUGAAGAAGAUUGAAGACAACAACACUCUGGUUUUCAUUGUUGACAUCCGUGCUGACAAAAAGAAGAUCAAGGCUGCAGUGAAGAAGAUGUAUGACAUCCAGACCAAGAAAGUCAACACUUUGAUCAGACCUGAUGGAACAAAGAAGGCUUAUGUCCGGUUAACUCCAGACUACGAUGCGUUGGAUGUUGCAAACAAGAUUGGUAUAAUCUAAGUUGGAACUAAUUUGGAAUACAGAGUGCAUGCACAUUGUACAUGACUCAUAUGGGCUAUUGGUGUUUCUGAGGUAUUUGAAAUUAUAUUUUUACUGGGCGUUUGGAUGUUCGGAUUGAAGUAAUGUUUGAGGGAAGCAAUUGGAAUUGGAAUUUUUGGCAA